GCGGCGGCGCGUCAGUCGGCGUCCGCGUCCCGCGUCAGGUCGCCGCCGCCGCGCGCCUCGCGUGCUAUGAGUGGCGGGUAUUAUGCCGGCGCCGCAGCCCCGCUCCGCCCGCGCCGCUCCAGCGCGCUCGCCGGCCGCCAGCGCCGCCGCCGCGGUUGCCGCGCGCCGCCUGCACCACACCACCCUCUACAGCGUCUACAGCGCCGACAACAUAACGCACGCUAUUACACGUCUCACGUCUACCGGAAUGUAAAUAUUUAUGGAUGUCAGUUUUCAGUUGUUUAGAUUGGCUGUGAAUUUUAAGGUGAAAAUGAAAUCGACAAGGCGUGUUCGGGUACAUGAAGAUGCUAUACGCCAUAGUGAGUGUAAGAGUGGCGGCGACCGGCUGGCGACGCCGCGGAUGUCGCUACUUGGCAAACCGCUCAGCUACCGCGCCACGCGACGCGACGCGCGUUACCGCCGCCUUCAGUCCAAGUUCUACAAUUUCCUUGAACGGCCUAGAGGUGUUAAAGCAGUCCUUUAUCAUAUGAUCGUAUUUCUGAUGGUGUUCAUGUGUUUAUCGCUGUCAGUUUUCUCAACAAUUGAAGAAUACGAAGCAAAAGCAGGAAUUGUCCUUUUCUACAUGGAGACAGUAGUUGUAAUUUGGUUCGCUAUCGAAUUCUUUUUAAGGUUAUGGUCGUCAGGAUGCAGAUCCCGGUAUCAAGGCUCAAUAGGUCGCCUCAAAUUUUUGAGGCGACCGUUUUGUAUUAUAGAUGUAACAACAAUAUUGGCAUCAGUAGUGGUGCUGGGUAUGGGUUCAUCGGGGCAGGUGUUCGCAGCGUCUGCCCUGCGUGGACUGCGAUUCUUCCAAAUCUUGCGCAUGGUGCGCAUGGACCGACGCGGUGGCACUUGGAAACUCCUCGGCUCCGUAGUGUACGCACAUCGGCAGGAAUUAAUAACGACGUUGUACAUUGGGUUCCUUGGGCUGAUAUUCGCCUCAUUUUUGGUAUACUUAGCUGAAAAAGACGUCGCCGACACAAAGUUCAAAAAUUUUGCCGAGGCUUUGUGGUGGGGUGUGAUCACGCUGUGCACGGUGGGGUACGGCGACAUGGUGCCGCAGACCUGGCAGGGCAAGUUCAUAGCCUCCUUCUGCGCACUGCUCGGGAUCUCUUUCUUCGCGCUGCCCGCCGGAAUACUGGGCUCUGGUUUUGCGCUCAAAGUCCAACAGCAGCAACGUCAGAAACAUAUGAUUCGGCGACGUCAGCCGGCUGCAACGCUGAUCCAGGCGCUGUGGCGGUGCUACGCCGCCGACGAGCACUCCAUGAGUGUGGCCACUUGGAAAAUACACCAAGUACCUCUUCCUAGUCCGCAAGCCAGCCGCGUGAUGAGUGCGUCGUUCAAGAACAAUGCAUCCUUUGUGUCGCGCCUGCCGACUAUCCGCCGCCACAAGAGUACGUCCCUGCACUCUCCAGCGCCGCACUCCAAGCCCGCGCAUAGAUACGAUGUCAAUGCCAGCGCAGAAAAUCUGGAUAAUCAUACGUCGGGAGGGGACCGUGCGUGUUGUCUACUACAUUGUUGGAAAAGCUGCUUUAAAGGCGCUACUGCGGCCCGGCCGGCGCGCGCGCCGCCUGUCCAACCGGCACACAGCGAGGACUCGGUCGCAGAGACACCGCUCUCCAAGAAAAACUCUGAUGAUGAAGACGAGGAGCCGCGCUGUGUCACUUUGACGUCGCGCCACAAAGCCGCCAUACGAUUUAUAAGAAAGAUGAAGUAUUUUGUGGCCCGACGUAAGUUUAAAGAAGCGCUAAAGCCUUACGACGUCAAGGACGUUAUUGAACAGUAUUCCGCGGGCCACGUGGACCUGCUGGGCCGGGUGAAAAACGUCCAGACUAGGUUAGACCAAAUACUUGGAAAACAAGGAUCUAAAGCUAAAGAUGUCUAUGCAUCGAAAAUCAGCCUAGCUUCCAGAGUAGUUAAAAUUGAAAGACAAGUAGAUGAUAUAGAAAGUAAGUUGGAUCAUUUAUUAGAAUUGUAUAAAGAGGACAGAGGGGUGCCUCGGAGACUAAUGGGCAGUAGUAAUAACGGAGGAGGAGAAGGCGGUCCGUCCGGAGAGGGGGGACUGUUAUUGAGGAACAGGCCGGCGCUGACAGAAAAGCAGUGUUCAGAGCCCAACUCGCCAGUGUCACGCACCUUCGAGCCGCCUCCGGCCACGGCUGCGCCGCUCGUCCCCUUCAAACGGCCUAUGAACCGAGGGUACUCGGACCUUGGUAGCAGAUUUAUAAAAAAAAAAGUUAUCGUGAAGACAGCAAGUUCAAGUCGCAACGGUGAUUCCCCCAGAGACGAUGAAGUAGUUAUCGUAGUGCCGGACCGUGAGGUCACACCGCCCCGACUCGUCACCGACAGCUCAGAAGUGUGCGCCAGUUGUUCGGCCGGCGCGGAAACAGAACCUCGGUCGGUGAGCUCGGGAUCCGCGUCCUGGUGCGAGGGUGACGCUGCCGAGGAGCGUGGCUACGGCUCCGGAGACUCUCUAGCAGAAGACGCCGCACUGCUCGGCGACGCGGCACAAGCUUCACAACCCCGCAUGAUGCGCAACCAACGCCGCGACGUGGCUGUCGACCUCCAUCUCCUACGACCAGAUGUCUGAGACUUACUAUUCAGUAUUUUCAUCUUGACGAAAAAAGGCUUUCCACUAAUUACCUACCUACCACCAUUAUGAUUGUAAAUAUAAUGUCAUCGCACAAUAUUGACUUGAUACUACGCUGUCCAUUCACUUAAUUUCCUUAUUGAUAGGUGCUUGUAAUGAGAAAAUGAGCAAUCAUAGUUUAGGUAAAACGAGUAGAUAGUAUAUAAGGCGUCUUGUGCAACUCCAAUGAAUAAAAUAUACAACGAGUCGAUGUUGUGAUAAUCACUUCCGCUCGAUUAUGUAUAAGACCAAGGACUCUUGAGCCGAGUACAUAGGUACCUACCUAAUGUUUAUUAUUACGCUUACAUUGUUUAAUUAAUUAUUGCUUUAAAAGAUAUAAAAUUUACGAUUAUACUGGGUGUAAGGAAAACGCUCUCGAAGCCAAAAGACUUUUGCUUUAUUAUACGAACACAGUUUAAUAACAAUAACCAUUCACCAAAUGGUUAAUGUAUUAGUGAUUUAGUAUUUUUCAAAACCGCAAUGUACAGCGUACAGAAUUUAAGGUAAACGACAUCGCACGCGCGCGCAAUUUUCAUACCUACCGUACCGCACGAUCCAGCGGCGCGGCGGGCGGUACGGUGAAACACGCGCCUAUUCAUCCAAUACGUCGGUAUAGGUUGAAGCGUAUUGUUUACUGUAAAACACUUACCUAGCUAAAUCCUUUGCGAUCGAACAAGGUGGGGCUCGAAUUGUGCCCCAUUCAUCUCGAUGCAGAGGCGGGCUCGGCGAUAUGUUUCCGCAUGAAGACGGGGCAUCAAAGUUGGGUCUUCAUUAGAAUGCUCAUUUUGCCGCAUUUCAUCCGCACUAGAACACUCGCGGUCGAACACUCUUUCCUUAACGUACCCCCACAAAAAAGUCUAAGGGGGUUAGAUCGGGCGAACGGGGUGGCCAAGCUUGUGGCCCUAGCCUGCCGAUCCACCGGUCUUCCAACAUCACCGAGAGACGCUCACGGACACUUCUCACUACGUGCGGCGGGGCACCAUCAACAUGUUGCCGUAUUCACGAGCACUGUACAUUGUUGUGGCAUUGAUAAACAACACGAACACAAACUUAACAACACGAACACAAACUUAACAAUAACUAACAAGAAACUUAACAAUUAACUAACAAUAACAACAAAACUGUAAUUUUAAUCUAAAAACGUAACCGGAACAAAAUUAGGCGCGUCUACGUAAUUCGCAAGGGAAUACUGACUUAAAAACUGUUGCACGGUUGCACAAGUACCAACAGUGUUGCCAGUUUAUUUUUAUGUAAAUAAUACUUAGACGAAAUAAAAAAACAAAAAAUACCUUGUUGCGAGGUCUUGAUUUUUACCCCAUGACCUACUACUGAUGAACUUGAGAAAUCUUAAUAUGUAGUUACUUGAUUCAUAAGAGUUUUUGCACACUUAAGAAAUAAAGAAGAAACAAAUGCAAAUUUUAAUACAAAAAUUCAAAUAAAAGUGGCAACAUUGCUCGAACUUCCCCGAAAAGAUCUACCCGGUGGCGGCGCGGUGUCGGCGCCAUCUUCUUGUUCAAAGAUCAAUAAAUUGCAGACACUCCUCUUGCUUCCUUUGUCUGCUACUGUUUUAUUCGUGGUUACUGUUUACGUUUCUCAGUUAUUUUACCUUUAAUAAAUUAAUUAAUAGAGAAUCAAACUAAAUGCAUGAACGUUUGAAGGCUUCUUAGUGGUGAAGCAAAACGGACUAAAUUAAUACCUACUAUCGCUACCUAACGGUACUUGACGUUAGGGAUAAAACUAUCUCAGUGUCACUUAUACGGCAUGUUGGUAUGUUACUUAAAGUAAGCAAAAUCGUUCGUUUAGAAAGAUGAUUUAAUAAUUACAUAAUAAUUAAAUGAUUGAAUGAUGAUUAAAUAAUAAAUCAGAAUAGUGAAGUUAAAAAAGCAUAAAAACAAAAAACUAACUUACGUAAAAUAAUAAAAUAAAAUGUUAGCAGUGUAGGCAUAAUGCAUGUUUAAUCAUUAUUGUCACCUCUGUUUUAUUUUAGGCGCGUCGGCUUGGCGCUUGACGUUUGCGUAUGUAGUAGUGUAGGGCUCGCCCACGCACACAUAGUCUGUACCGCUGUGCCUACUACGUGCAACAAAGUAUUGCGCGGUCGAGUUAGUUGACCCGUGGUUUCACAGCUGAUUGAAUUAAUUUACAUUGCGUUUUGAAAAAUAAUUACUGAAUAUGGUUUUUUUUAUUGCGAUUCUAUUUCUUUGUAUGUAUCAAAGGCUAGUGACCUAAAAAAACCGAAAAAAAAGUGUAAAAAAUUGGUUUUUUUUCGCGUUUUUUUUGGUGCCUUCGUAUCAGUAAUCACCAGCACUAUCGCCUGUUUUUGUUUUCGGAAGCGUUUCCCUUACACCCGAUAUAAAUAGAAAAUCUUUACUUUAUAAAAAUGUACCAUAAUUGUUAAGUUGUACAUAUUUUUAAUAAGUUGUUUAAUAAUUAUUAUACUUAGAUCUAUAAUGUAUAGUUAUUUAGGAAAUGUUACUCGCCGUGAACGAAAUCCAGAGAAAGCAUCAAUCUCGAUAGCUAGGCUAGAUAUUGUAUAAUGCCUAAAACUAACAUUUAUACAUACUACUAGACAUUUUAUAAGUGGAAACAUCCAGGAUUAGGUGUGACGUUUGCAAAUAAUGUAGGAAAUAUGAAUUAUUAUAAUAUUUCUACAAAUAAAUAAGUAGGUAAUUUUAAAUAAUAACAUAAUUGACAAAGAAACUGUGAUAGAUAUUCAGUUUUGCCAUCACGCCUAACGAAACAGACUAUAGAUGAUAGAAGCCACCACAGAGCAGAUUUCAGUAAGUACUAUUGUAAAAGUAGUCCAAUCUGUAGGUCGACGCCGUGCGUGCUAUCGAAUCUGUUUUUAAUUUAUUGGUAAAGUCCUAUUCUUGAACCAAUUUUGAAAUUUUGGACAUGUUUCUUAAUAAAAGCAGGGUAAACUAUUGCCUGAAAAUCAAAUGAUUAUGUAAUAAGAUUAUAAAUAUUGGUAUAUAUGUAUUUAUAUAUGUUUAAAACAUUCAUAUUUAGAAAGAUGUUUCAGACAUUCAGACUUGAAAUUGUCAUGGCUGAUGCUGUUCACAAUAUCGAAUGAUUACAGAAGAUAUUGUAUAGAAUGAAAAAUGUUUUUAUUCUAUGUUAUAUAUUCGGAAAAGGCUUCCAACGUCAUCAGAUAUGGCUUUAUCAGUAUUUUAAUUAUGACAUCAAUAAUGGUUAUUGUAAUAUGAAUAAUCGUAUCCAAAAGCACAUUAAGUUGUAGGCGAGAAAAUUCAUCAGUCAGUAAAAUAAUAAUACAAUGGGACCUACUAAUUGCCUAACUGUUAGAUCUAUGAAUUGUGAUAUGUUUAUGAAUUACUUACUUACCUAAGUCAAUUUACACUGUAAAUAAAUCGAAAUAAUUACCUAACUACUACUGGCAAUAACCGUAUAGAUCUGUAUAUUACUGUGAGCAUCCUAACGUCAGAUCGACGAAUGUUUAGAAUUUCUGAACACAUUUCUUUCUCCUUUCACAUUAUGUUUUUCCUUAAUCAAAAAUACAUUUAUUUUGUGUACAGUUGAGUACUACGUAGAGUACAGUCACGAUUAGCAAGUUGGAUCUGCCUGUAGAACAGUUAUUAUAAAAGUAGAUGAUGUCGUACAUGGAUCCUGAAGUGACAGUGUAACUACUGAAAGCAUAUUUACUCUGUGCAAAUCUUAACAUUUAUUAUGCCAAACACUGGGCAAAUGCUAGACUAUAAGAGAGAAAUCUAUUAAGCAAUGGAGUUAAGAAAAUAAAUCCAAAUUAAUUCGAAUAUUUUAUUUCUCUUUCUAUCUUUAAAGGCAGGUGCUAUAAGUUGGUACGCAAUUUAAAAACAAUAUACAUCGUAAUAGUCUAUUAAAAUGUGCACAGUCUAGUUCUAAAUGAGAAUUAGAUUUCAUUUAAGAUAAUAUUUUUUCUCUUUUGCAAUAUCUACCUAUACGCAUACUUAUAUCUUGAAAUAAAUACAAAGACUUAUCAAAGUUGGAAUAUUCACAGUAAUAUAUAAGACAACACGAAAACUGGUUGCCAGGAACUGGCCUAAUAAUACCCUAAAAUCCUGAACAUAUCUAGACUUUAAGCACGUACUAACCCUUCGCUUGUCAAAUACAAUGAUCGAAACCGAUUGAUUCGUUUUAAUAAAUAAAUCAACACGAGUAGUAACGAGCCAGCACAAAUAAAUUCAUCACAGACA